UUGUGUAAUAUCAUCAAUGCAAUACCACAUUUCUAAUCUUAGUUCUAUCUAGUUUAAUAUUGUUUGUAUCGUUAUAGUUAUAUAAUAUUUAUCUAUCUAAGAAGAGUAUGAAUAGGAGGUAAUAAAAUACAGUUUUACCAGUUACUCACAUUUUGUGUGAUUCGAACAUUGUAACAGUGAAAACCUUUGACGCUUAUUUGUUAACGUUUUUUUUUUAAUCAUUUACUUAAGAUUUAUAAUUAAUGAUGACUCAAAUACCCAUUCUUACAUUUUCUAAUGGAUACAAGAUGCCUGCAUUUGGUCUUGGUACUUAUCAGUCACGUCCUGGAGAAGUAGAAAAUGCUGUAAAAGAAGCAAUAAACUUAGGAUAUCGUCACAUAGAUACAGCAUAUUUUUAUCAAAAUGAGAAAGAAAUCGGUGAAGCGAUUCAAGCGAAAAUUAAAGAUGGAACUGUGAAAAGAGAAGAUCUUUUCAUUACAACUAAACUUUGGAAUAAUUUUCACAAACAAGAAAGUGUAGUCCCAAUAUGUAAGAAAUCGUUAGAGAAUCUUGGAUUAAGUUAUAUAGAUCUCUAUUUAGUCCACUGGCCAUUUGCCUUCAAGGAAGGUGAUGAUUUGUUACCCAGAGAUGAAAAUGGCACCCUUUUGUUAUCGGAUACUGAUUAUCUUGAAACUUGGAAAGGAAUGGAAGAAUGCGUGCAAUUAGGAUUGACUCGUAGUAUCGGAAUUAGUAACUUCAAUCAAGAACAAAUCACUCGCUUGCUUAGUGCAGCCAAAAUUUUACCUGUAAAUAAUCAGGUUGAAGUCAGCAUAAACAUUAAUCAAACGCCACUAAUAGAAUUUUGUAAAAAGCAUAAUAUUACAAUAACUGGUUAUUCACCAUUGGGACAACCUGGAAAUAGAUCAGGUUUACCAACUUCCUUAGAUCAUCCAAAAGUAAUAGAACUUUCGAAAAAAUAUAAUAAAACAUCAGCACAAAUUGUUUUAAGAUAUAUUUUACAACAAGGAAUCGCUAUUAUUCCGAAAUCUGUAACACCAAGUCGAUUAAAAGAAAAUAUCAAUAUAUUUGAUUUUUCUCUGACGAGUGAAGAAAUGGCAUCUAUAGCUACAAUUGCAACUGGUCAACGUGUUGCACGAUUUGCAGAUGCGAAGCAGCACAAAUAUUAUCCAUUUGAAAAAUAUCAAUUAGAUUUAUUGAAUGCCAUGGAAAAUUUUGAUGCUCCAUAUAAUAUGAGAUCAUGCAACGUAACAAAGCGGACACCAUCAUGGACAAGAAUGCUCGACAAAGUGAAAGAAUGCCGUGAUGCUAUUAAGAACAUGAUGACCUUCGACAAGCUGACAAAUACCUAUGAAACUACACACAUAGUCGGUAAAACUCCGAUAAUUCCGAGAGCAGCUACUUCUAUGUCCUCGAUACCGGAUGUUAUUACAUUUAGUGGCAUUGCAUUGAAACAUAAAGAAUACGAAGACAUACCGAUUCUAAUGAGGGAUUCCAUAUUGAAUUCGGAUAAAAAAGAGAAAGAAAACACUGUUGUGGAACAAAUUGAUCAAACUAACAAUACAAACAAUUCGUUGAAACGUUUUGUUUCAACAGAUAACAUGCUCAGCAAUUCAUUGAAAUCAUUCAUAGUAUUGGAAAAACAGAUAAAAAAGGAAUUUUUGGAAGAAGAUGAUAUUUUCACAACGAAAAAAAAAAUUUCUGCAGAACCAUUCCUUUCUUAUGUGGAAGGAAACGCAGAAUUCAUUUGGCCAGAUGAUACAAUUGAGAGUUCUUCCGGAAAUGCUUGGAACUCCCUGGAACAUUUGAAUUCGUCCGAUAUCAGAUUUGGAAACCCGCAAAGGAAGCUGAGAAAAUCUACCGGCAUUAUAUUACUGGUAUUACGACUGAUUGUAAUAAAAGUAUUCAAAAUUUUGUUUCAAAUAAUAAGAUAUAUAACAACUAAAAUGGUUGCAAAUAGUGCACCAACGUUAAAAUUUUAUAAUGGUAACGAAAUACCGGUAUUCGGACUUGGUACAUGGAAGUCCAAACCUGGAGAAGUGACUCAAUCAGUUAAAGAUGCAAUUGAUAUUGGAUAUAGACAUAUAGAUUGUGCUCAUGUAUAUGGCAAUGAGAAAGAAGUGGGUAUUGCUAUUAAAGAAAAAAUUGCUCAAAAUAUUGUAAAAAGACAAGAUCUUUUCAUCACAAGCAAAUUAUGGAAUACUUUCCAUAGACCAGACUUAGUUGAAUCUGCUAUCAAAACAUCUUUGUCGGAUUUAGGUCUUGAAUAUUUAGAUCUUUAUCUAAUUCAUUGGCCAGUAGCAUUCAAGGAAGGAGAUAAUCUUUUUCCACAAAAUCCUGAUGGUUCUCCUACUUUUAGCGAUGCAGACUAUGUAGAUACAUGGAAAGCUAUGGAAUCUUUAGUAACCAAAGGACUUACUAAAAAUAUUGGUAUUAGUAAUUUCAAUUCUGAACAAGUAGAAAGAAUUCUUAAAAGCUGCACUAUCAAACCAGUUACAAACCAAAUUGAAUGUCACCCAUAUCUUACUCAAAAGAAGCUUUCUAAAUUUUGUAAAGAUAAAGAUAUUCUUAUUACUGCAUAUAGUCCUCUUGGAUCACCUGAUAGACCAUGGGCUAAACCAGAUGACCCAAAAUUAUUAGAUGAUAAAAAAUUGAGUGAAGUUGCAAAGAAAUAUAAUAAAACACCUGCUCAAAUUCUUAUAAGAUAUCAAUUGGAUCGUGGUCAUAUAGUUAUUCCUAAAUCGGUUACAAGAUCAAGAAUUGCUGAAAACAUUGAAGUUUUUGAUUUUAAACUUUCCUCUGAAGAUAUUGAAUAUAUUGAUAGUUUUGAUUGUAAUGGUAGAAUUUGCCCAUUGACAGGCUCUGAAGCUAGCCCUCAUUAUCCAUUCCACAUUCCAUUCUAAGUUAAUAAUGAUAAGUUAAUAAUACAUUAAUAUAUAUCUAAUAUUUACAAUAUCUUUUUUCUGUAAGUUUUCUACAUGAAUCACAAAAUAAACUAUAUUCUAAUAACAA